CAAACUUAUAAUUUGUCGAAAAAUAUAAUUGUCUAACAGCAGCUCGGUACACACUUUUUUUCUCUAUAAAUACUUCUCUCAUCUCAAUUAUGCACAAGUACCAAAAGAAGUAAACUUCAUUCACUCACCAAAACACAAAGGAUUUUUCCUUGUUGUAACCAUGGAGAAGAAGAGUGGGGUUAAGUCUGCAGCCAAGAAAGAACCAAAUUACAGAGGAAUCAAAGCCAUGCCCUUUGUUAUAGGUAAUGAGACAUUUGAGAAGCUUGGAACUAUUGGGACAUCAACAAAUCUGUUAGUGUACCUAACCACAGUAUUCAACAUGAAAUCCAUUACAGCCACUAAUGUAAUAAACAUCUUCAAUGGCACUUGCAAUUUCGGAACUUUGAUCGGCGGUUUCCUCUCCGACACCUAUCUGGGCCGAUACAAAACACUCGGAAUCGCUUCCAUUUGCUCUUUCUUGGGGAUGCUUGUCCUGACGAUGACAGCUGUCUUCCCGGCCCUCCGCCCGACCGAGUGCGGCUCCUCUUCGUCGCCGUGCGCGGGGCCCACGGCUGGCCAGCUGGCGUUCCUCUACGUCUCGUUCGCCUUCCUUACGGUGGGGGCCAGCGGAAUCCGGCCGUGCAACCUCGCGUUCGGGGCCGACCAGUUCAACCCGGGCACAGAUUCCGGCAGGAGGGGCAUCAACAGCUUCUUCAAUUGGUACUACUUCACCUUCACGUUCGCGAUGAUGGUCUCGCUGACCGUCAUCGUGUACGUGCAGUCGAGCAUCAGUUGGGCCAUCGGCCUCGGAAUACCGACUUUCCUCAUGUUUCUCUCGUGCGCGUUUUUCUUCGUCGGGACGAGAAUUUACGUGGUGGUUCCGCCUCAGGGAAGCCCCCUCACGAGCGUGGUGCAGACGUUGACCGUUGCGGUCAAGAAGAGGCGGCUUGAGCUGCCAGAGCUGCCCGAGGCCUCCCUGUUUAAUCACUUCCCGGAAGACUCGAUUAACUCCCGGCUCGCUUACUCGGAUCAACUAAGGCUCCUCAACAAAGCCGCGAUUCUAACACCGGAGGACGAAAUAAACCCAGAUGGGUCGGCAUCCGAUCCAUGGAAUCUCCGAAGCAUGCAACAAGUGGAGGAGAUAAAGUGCGUCGUUAGAGUCAUACCCAUAUGGAUAGCGUGCAUCGUCUACUUCAUAGUCUUAGUUGUGCAGAGCUACACGGUUCUCCAAGUCCUCCAAACCGACCGGCAUAUGGCGGGAACAGGCUUCAAGAUCCCGGCCGCCUCGUACACCGUUUUAUCCAUGUUGACUUUGACGAUAUGGAUCCCGAUUUACGAUCGGGUUUUGAUCCCACUAUUGAGACGGGUCACGGGAAAGGACGAGGGAAUCACGUUGCUCCAGAGGUUGGGAAUCGGGUUGGUUUUCGCUGUCCUGACGAUGUUCGUCUCUGGUCUCGUGGAGAACCGGAGGCGGACGCUGGCGCUGACCGAGCCCACACUCGGUUUUGAGCCGAGGAAAGGGGCGAUCUCGUCGAUGUCCGGGAACUGGUUGAUUCCGCAGCUAGCGCUGGCUGGGAUGUCAGAGGCGUUCUGCAUGAUCGGACAGUACGAGUUUUACUACAAGCAGUUUCCGGAGAACAUGAGGAGCUUCGGGGGCUCGUUCGUGUUCAUGGGGUACGCGGUCGCCAGUUAUCUCGGCAGUCUCCUGAUUUCGGUCGUUCAUAACACCACGCGGGUUGGGGAAGAUGAUAAUUGGUUGGCGGAGGAUUUGAAUAAGGGGAGGUUGGACUAUUUCUACUACCUGGUUGGUGUAUUGGAGGCUUUGAAUUUGGGUUAUUUCUUGAUUUGUUCCAAGUGGUUCAAGUACAAGAGAAGUGAAGCCAUGGAUGUGGCUAUGGAGAAAAUUGAUGCUCAAAAGGGUGUGGUCUAGUUCACAAUUUUGAUACAUUUUGGAGUAAAAGAUGUUUGGGGUGCUAAGUAGAUGGAGAUUGGGGAAAUAUUGUUGUGAUUUUCAAUAUUUUCAAUGAUAUAAAAAUUAUAAAGAGACGACCAAUAUAUGAGCUAAUAUCAUUAAAUUUCUAUUCCAUGCAUGAUAUCCCAACAUUUUGUUUAGUCUCAAAUGAUAUUUAAUCAUUAUAAGGCGUCAAGUAAAUACAUAUGCCAUAGAACUUGCUGAUAAAAAGCUCGAUCUCAGCUCGAACUCCUAAUAUUAGAGUUUGUUGGCUCGUGAAUUAAACUUGUUGAUAAAAGACCUCGAUCUUGACUCGUUUAUUAAUAUUAAUGAGACAACUUCAAUUUUAGAGACCGGACUUAAGUCUUAACAAACUAAACUAUAUAAUUAAUUAAAAUAAAAUUCCACAUUUUCGAGUUUAAAAUCCAACUCAUUAACUAAACGAGAUCAC